GGACUCCAACUGAGCCAGCAGAGACCUGGCAGCCAUGCCGCGCCUCCCGACGUCCAGUGAGGACGAGAUGGCCCAGAGCUUCUCCGACUACUCCGUGGGCUCUGAGUCCGACAGCUCCAAAGACGAGACCGUCUACGACACCAUCCGGGCCGCGGGGGAGAAGCCGAGCGGGGCGAGGAUGGAGGAGACCCAGGGCAACACGCUGGUGAUCCGCGUGGUCAUCCAGGACCUGCAGCAGACGGUGAGCCCCUGCGCAUGGCGGCGCCCUCGCGGGCCCACCCUCCGUCCACAGCUGGGCAGCGUCCACCUGGCUUGGAGGGCACCGAUGCCUCUGGUCCAACCUGGACCCCCAGGGCUGAUGACACAGGCCAGGUGCUCCUCCUGCCCACCCAGCCCCUCCCCCCAGCCACACUGUGCCCUGCUCCUGCCUCUGCUCACAGCACAGCCUGUCAGCCCUAUGCGCUACUAUGAUGAAGGCCCCGAGGAAAGCCACUUUUUCUCCGGCUCUGAGGACGCAGCCCCUGGGGACAGCGGCGGCCUCGUGCCUGUCCACCUCCGCUGUCGUUCCGCAGUGAGUCCGUCAGGGUGCCGUGUGCUGGCAGGAGGCACUGAGGUGCUCAAGUGCGGGCUUAAGGUCCGCUUCCCAGCUGGGAGCGGGAACGGCUGGGUCCGGGGGUCCUCCCUGAGAAUGGGACCCCGCGCAGCCCGGGUUUUUGGAGCCCACCUUGUGGGUGCUGCCCGUUCCUUGGCAGCUGUGGGUGCCCAUUCCCCCAAAGGCGAGGAGGUGGACAAGCCAGGCUUCGAGGCAGCGUCCACAUCUGCUGCGGUGCCAGGGCCUGGGCGCACUGUCUUCCUCCUGUCUGUGCAGUUUCGAUACAAGAAGCGCGUGUACAAGCAGCCCGAGGUGGACGAGAAGCAGCUGGCCAAGCUCCACACCAAGACCAACCUGAAGAAGUUCAUGGACCACACUCAGCAUCGGGCGGUGGAGAAGCUGGCCAAGCUGCUGGACCGAGGGCUGGAUCCCAAUUUCCAUGACCUGGAGACUGGAGAGACUCCCCUGACCCUGGCGGCCCAGCUGGACGGCUCCACGGAGGUCAUCAAAGCGCUCAGGAACGGCGGGGCUCACCUGGACUUCCGCGCCAGAGACGGGAUGACCGCCCUGCACAAGGCCGCCCGCACCCGGAACCAAGCCGCCCUGAAGACCCUCCUGGAGCUCGGGGCGUCCCCCGACUACAAGGACAGCUACGGCCUCACGCCGCUGUACCACACGGCCAUCGUGGGCGGGGACCCCUACUGCUGCGAGCUCCUGCUGCACGAGCACGCCUCCGUGUGCUGCCGGGACGAGAACGGCUGGCAGGAGAUCCACCAGGCCUGCAGGUACGGACACGUGCAGCAGCUGGAGCACCUGCUUUUCUACGGCGCGGACAUGGGUGCCCAGAACGCCUCGGGGAACACAGCCCUGCACAUCUGCGCCCUCUACAACCAGGACAGCUGUGCGCGCGUGCUCCUGUUUCGGGGUGGAAACAAGGAACUGAAGAACUACAACAGCCAGACGCCGUUCCAGGUGGCGAUCAUCGCGGGCAACUUCGAGCUGGCAGAGUACAUCAAGAACCACAGGGAGACGGACGUCGUGCCCUUCCGAGAGGCCCCGGCCUACUCCAACCGCAGGCGGCGGCUCCCCAACACGCUGGCCGCCCCCCGGGUCCUGCUGCGCUCCAACAGCGACAACAACCUCCAUGCCAGCGCACCCGACUGGGCCGUGUGCCCCACGGCCACCGCCCACCGCAGCCUCUCGCCCCAGCUGCUGCAGCAGAUGCCCAGCAAGCCGGACGGCGUGGCGAAGAGCGUGGCCAGCUACGCCCCCGGGCCCCGCAGCCGCUCCCCGUCGCUCAACAGGCUGGGCGGUGCCGGCGAGGACGGCAAGAGGCCGCAGCCACACUGGCACGUGGGGCCGCCCUUCGCUCCUGGUGCCAGCAAGGACUCCCUGUCGGCCCUCGAGUACCCGGGGCCCAAGCGGAAGCUCUACAGCGCGGUGCCUGGGAGACUCUUCGUCGUCGUGAAGCCAUACCAACCCCAAGUCGAUGGCGAGAUCCCCCUUCACCGUGGAGACAGGGUCAAAGUUCUGAGCAUCGGCGAAGGUGGCUUCUGGGAAGGCAGCGCCCGCGGCCACAUCGGGUGGUUCCCGGCCGAGUGCGUGGAGGAGGUGCAGUGCAAGCCCAGGGAGGGCCAGGCAGAAACCCGCGCGGACCGCAGUAAGAAGCUCUUCCGGCACUACACGGUGGGCUCCUACGACGGCUUCGACACUUCCAGUGACUGCAUCAUCGAGGACAAGACGGUGGUCCUGCAGAAGAAGGACAAUGAGGGCUUCGGGUUCGUGCUCCGAGGGGCGAAAGCCGACACCCCCAUUGAAGAGUUCACGCCAACACCGGCCUUCCCAGCCCUGCAGUACCUGGAGUCCGUGGACGAAGGCGGGGUGGCCUGGCAGGCCGGGCUGAGGACCGGGGACUUCCUGAUCGAGGUCAACAACGAGAAUGUCGUCAAGGUCGGCCACAGGCAGGUGGUGAACAUGAUCCGCCAGGGAGGGAAUCACCUUGUCCUUAAGGUCGUCACGGUGACCAGGAGUCUGGACCCUGAGGACACUGCCAGGAAACAAGCUCCCCCACCUCCAAAGCGAGCGCCGACCACAGCCCUCACCCUGCGCUCCAAGUCCAUGACCGCAGAGCUGGAGGAGCUGGCCUCAGUGCGGAAGAAGAAGGAUAAACCAGAGGAGACGGUCCCGGCCCCCAAGCCCUCCCGCACGGCUGAGAGCAUGGCCAUGGAGACCAGAGUGGCCACCAUCAAACAGCGGCCCACCAGCAGGUGCUUCCCAGCAGCCUCAGACAUGAACUCCGUGUACGAGCGCCAGGGGAUUGCUGUGAUGACACCCACAGUUCCCGGGAGCCCGAAAGGCCCGUUCCUGGGCCUCCCCCGAGGUACGAUGCGAAGGCAGAAAUCCAUAGACAGCAGAAUCUUUCUAUCAGGAAUAACAGAGGAAGAGCGGCAGUUCCUGGCCCCUCCGAUGCUGAAGUUCACCAGAAGCCUGUCCAUGCCGGACACGUCCGAGGACAUCCCCCCUCCACCGCAGUCUGUGCCCCCGUCUCCACCUCCCCCCUCCCCCACUGCCUACAACUGCCCCAAGUCCCCAACUCCGAGAGUCUACGGGACCAUCAAGCCUGCGUUCAGUCAGAAUCCUGCUGCCAAGGUGUCCCCCGCCACCAGGUCUGACACAGUGGCCACCAUGAUGAGGGAGAAGGGCAUGUUCUACAGACGAGAGCUGGACCGCUACUCCCUGGACUCCGAGGACCUCUGCAGCCGGAGCGCGGCCCCCCAGGCCACCUUCCGCAGCAAGCGGGGCCAGAUGCCCGAGAACCCGUACUCGGAGGUGGGCAGGAUCGCGAGCAAGGCCGUCUACGUGCCGGCCAAGCCCGCCCGGCGGAAGGGCGUGCUGGUGAAGCAGUCCAACGUGGAGGACAGCCCCGAGAAGACGUGCUCCAUCCCCAUCCCCACCAUCAUCGUCAAGGAGCCCUCCACCAGCAGCAGCGGCAAGAGCAGCCAGGGCAGCAGCGUGGAGAUCGAGCCCCCGGCCGAGCAGCCCGGCCAGCUGCGGCCCGAGGACGGCCUGGCCUCCAGCAGCCCCUUUGCCGCAGCCAUUGCGGGGGCUGUGCGUGACCGGGAGAAGCGGCUGGAGGCCAGGAGGAACUCCCCAGCCUUCCUCUCCACGGACCUGGGGGAUGAGGACGUGGGCCUGGGGCCGCCUGCCCCCCGGAUGCGGCCCUCCAAGUUCCCGGAGGAGGGUGGGUUUGGCGAUGAGGACAGUGCAGAGCUGCUGGUGUCGCCCACGCCGGUGGCAGCGCCAAGAGAGCCCGAGAACCAUUUUGUGGUCGGUGGCGAGGCCGGUGCUCAGGGUGAGGCCGGGAGGCCCCUGAAUCCCGCAUCCAAAGCCAAGGGGCCCGAGGGCAGCCCAGCGGCACCCCCCAAGAGCAGCAACGCCGUCAGCCCAGAGAACUAUGUCCACCCGCUCACCGGGCGCCUGCUGGAUCCCAGCUCCCCACUGGCCCUGGCACUCUCCGCAAGGGACCGAGCCAUGAAGGAGUCCCAACAGGGGACCAAGGGGGAGGCCCCCAAGGCUGACCUCAACAAGCCUCUCUAUAUUGAUACCAAAAUGCGGCCCAGUGGGGACGCUGGCUUCCCUCCCGUCACCAGGCAGAACACCCGGGGGCCCCUGCGCCGGCAGGAGACGGAGAACAAGUACGAGACAGACCUGGGCAAGGACCGGAGAGGCGGGGACAAGAACAUGCUGAUCAGCAUCGUGGACACGGCCCAGCAGAAGUCGGCCGGCCUGCUGAUGGUGCACACUGUGGACGCUGCCCAGCUGGGCGGUCCCCUGGAGGAGGAGGAAGAGAGAGAGGACAUGGACGUGCCGCUAGACCACCCGUCCUCCGCGGUGCCAGAAGGUGUUUCCGACACCGAAGGUGCUUUACAGAUCUCCGUCACCCCCGAGCCCGCCACCACGCCCGGCAGGACCAUUGUGGCCGCGGGCUCCAUGGAGGAGACGGUGGUCUUGCCAUUCCGCAUCCCUCCCCCGCCCCUGGCAUCCGUGGACUUGGAUGAGGAUUUUGUUUUUACAGAGCCAUUGCCUCCUCCCCUGGAAUUUGCAAAUAGUUUUGAUAUUCCCGAUGACCGCGCUGCUGCUGUCCCCGCUCUCACCGACUCGGUCAAGCAGAAGAAAACCGAUACCCCUCCGUCCCCCUCGUUGAACUCCAGCCAGCCAGCCAACCCUGCGGACACCAAGAAGCCAGCCGGCCUUUCCAACUGCCUGCCCGCCUCCUUCCUGCCACCUCCUGAGAGCUUCGACACGGUCGCCGACUCUGGGAUCGAGGAGGUGGACAGCCGCAGUAGCAGUGACCACCAUCUCGAGACGACCAGCACCAUCUCCACGGUGUCCAGCAUCUCCACCCUGUCCUCUGAGGGCGGGGAGGGCGUGGACACCUGCACAGUCUAUGCAGACGGGCAAGCGUUCGUGGUCGACAAGCCCCCCGUACCUCCAAAGCCAAAAAUGAAGCCCAUCAUUCACAAAAGCAAUGCACUUUAUCAGGACGCGCUCCUGGAGGAAGACGCGGACAGCUUCGUCAUUCCCCCGCCUGCGCCCCCGCCCCCACCGGGCAGCGCCCAGCCUGGGCUGGCCAAGAUCGUCCAGCCAAGGACCUCCAAGUUGUGGGGUGAUGUCACGGAGGUCAAAAGCCCGAUUCUCUCAGGCCCAAAGGCGAACGUUAUUAGCGAAUUGAACUCAAUCCUGCAGCAAAUGAACCGAGAGAAAUCGGCAAAGCCGGGGGAAGGACUGGACUCGCCGGCAGGGGUCAAGUCCGCCAGCCUUGCUCCAAGAAGCCCAGAGGUCAUGAGCACCGUCUCAGGGACUCGGAGCACGACAGUGACCUUCACCGUCCGACCUGGCACCUCGCAGCCCAUCACCCUGCAAAGCCGGCCCCCCGACUACGAGAGCAGGACCUCAGGAGCGAGGCGUGCCCCCAGCCCCGUGGUCUCGCCAACCGAGAUGAACAAGGAGAUCCUGCCCGCCCCGCUGUCGGCAGCUGCCGCAUCUCCUUCUCCCACCCUCUCGGAUGUCUUCAGCCUUCCAAGCCAGCCCCCUGCCGGGGACCUGUUUGGCUUGAACCCAGCAGGUCGCAGCAGGUCGCCAUCUCCCUCCAUACUGCAGCAGCCAAUUUCCAAUAAGCCUUUCACGACUAAACCUGUGCACCUGUGGACUAAGCCCGAUGUGGCCGACUGGCUGGAGAGCCUGAACUUGGGUGAGCACAAAGAGACCUUCAUGGACAACGAGAUUGACGGCAGCCACCUACCAAACCUCCAGAAGGAGGACCUGAUAGACCUCGGGGUGACGCGGGUCGGGCACAGGAUGAACCUAGAGCGUGCUCUCAAGCAGCUGCUGGACAGAUAAGGCCGGCUGCUCCCACCCGGACUCCCUGUUAUAAGUAGAGAUGGGCUCACGCUGGGAUCUGAAGGCCAAGCGGAGUCUGAGCAUCAACCCCGCUCCAUGGGUUUGUCUCCUGGUACCCAAAGAAAUGCUGUGGGCGUCCGUGGUGUGUCUGAGCCGAGGCCUGGAGGCCUGGCUGUCCACGUGGGGUUCCUGGGUGGCUUCUGUCUCAAGGGGACAGGGGAGGGAGUUCUAACACGGGAAGAUUCCCAGCCUACCUCCCAGCACACAGGCAGCCUCGCUUUGCUGGGUCCACGAGGCUCCGUCGGUUUGGCGCGGGACCCCUGCUCUCGUAGGCAGACAGCGUACUCCAGAUACCUCCUGAGCCUCCCUCCUCUGCUUCCUGGGCAGCUCUCAUCACCCCAGGCCCCGGCACAAGGCCUGUCCUCAGUCCUGUGGCUUCUCGGAGGAUACUCCGAGCUCACUGGCUCCCGCCUCUUCCCCGAACUUGUGUGCAGUGAGAUGCUCCCAGAGGCUUGUGGGUGCCCUUCCUGGGCCUGAAAGGUAGAGAAACGCUUUUCCCUGUCCAGAUCCUGUACCCAUCUCCUCCUGUGAUGUGCCUCCAUGGCUCUUUGGCCACGAGGUUCUCGGCAGUGGUGGGCAUUUGAGUGGGAUCGUGCCCGGCUUUGCUUAGCUUUCUUUCUUUAUUUCUGCAAAUCUAUUAGCAUAAUUCCAAGGUGGCCAAACAGAUGUCACAUGGAGUUAGUCAAAGCACAAAGUCACGAUCCCAAGGAGGAAGGGAGGCCUGGCCACGGGAACCAGCCGGCGUGCAGCUGCCUGGGACCCCAGCCUCCUCCGGGACGCGAGCGGCUGCCUGCCAAAGAGCGUCUGCGUGGGCGGAGAGGGGCUCUGCCUCUUGGAAGCCUUUUCACUGAAGGCCUGCUGAGCUCUGCAAAGGCCAGAGCAGCUGAGCACCCACUUCAACGGGAAGGACAAGAAGACACGUGGUUUGUGUGGGCAUGUGCCCCUUGGGGGAGCCAUGUCCUCUCUGGGAGCUGGCAGGGCACUACGGCCUCACUAAGCCUGGCCAAGGGCAAGUGUCUGGGCUAAGCCAGCCCUUUUGCUCUUGGAGGCUGGGGAAAGUGGCACUCAGGGGCUGUCCACCUCCUCUCCAGGAGUCCAGGAAUCCCACCAGCUUGUCUUAACAGUACAAUGCGGUCUUGGGACCCCGUGGGCAGGGACUGUGGCCAGGACCAGGGUGGACAGAAGGUGGGCUGCUGGGUGUGGGCAGAACAUGGAUGCGUGCAGGCAGUCGGGGGAGGGAGCACUCUGGCCUGUGGUCGGAGCCUGCCCGCUUCCUGCCCGAGCCCUCGUCCUGAAACCAUAACUCUAGCAUCUAAGGGAGGUCACCCAUUGAACAUGGGCCACAAGACAUCACCAGGCUUCCCGCACAUUCUCCCAUCUUUGGAGGAGACAUGAAUGUCAGGUUUGGUUUUAUUAUGAUUUCAGAACUAGCCCAGCCCAUCUCUAAUUAUAAAACAUGGUUUUUCCUUUUUUCUUUAUGCUCACGACCACGUGUCUGAUGAGGUCUGGAACUCUAGAAUGAACACGUAAACUUUAGUAAUUUAAAAAUCUUUCUUUACUGCAAGUUUAAAUAGGUGUACAGAUAGUUUAUAAGCACAAUAUUUUAAGAAAAAAAGUGGCUGGUCUACUAGGCAGCCUUUGUGCACUUCAGUGCUAGAAAGUUAAAGAAAAAAACACUUUUGUGAUUUAAUGAUACUAUUUCUGUGGAAUAAUUAUACAAGUAUGACCUUUUUAAAUCAAACUUAUCUGGAUGCAUCUGAACCAGCAGAGCUGUGUUAUAUUUUCUAUAUUUGCUAGAACUUCAUCAUUGAAGGAUGAUUAUUUCUUCAAAAGUGGUUACAAUUCACACUAAACAGUUUCCUCCAAAAACAAAGGCAAAACACACCCCACACACACACACACACGGGCGCACACACACGCCCUUGAUCUGGAAACCCAGGCUGGGCCUCCUGCGCUGCAGACCCUCACAGGUCCAUCUUUAUAACCUGACCCCUGGGCGUGCCUGGCUGCUGCGGCUCUCUAUCCCACAGCUUUGGUUUCCAUCUCAAGGUGACCCACAGUGCUCUAGAGAAACCCAGCCCAGACCCACAGCGCCUGCCAAGGCCUUUCAGAUGUGUCUCCCGUUUGUGAUUUUAGCAUGUCAGGGGCCGCUCCUGGCCUGCGGGGGCUGCCCCUGUGCUCAAUGCCAGGCAGAACAAGGCACGAGGCCUGUGGCUCUGGGCCUGCGGUCGCUGGGCAGCAAGACAGAACAAGAGCUCUGCUCCCUCAGAGGCUUCCAGCCACGGCGGCUGGUCAGAAGCAAGCUCCCGACAGCCUCGGGGCCGAGAUCAGUCCCACCUUCGCGCCGUCUCAUCCUAGGAAUAGGAGCCCCUCUCAGACCGGCCCGACCCACCAAACACACCUGCUGCCACGCGAAUCGGCCUCUAGCUCUCUUGGAUGACUUUGCUAUAGAAAGCAAUAGUCCCUCCUCCAAAUUGCCGCCCACCGUUCUCCCCCUUUGGGACACGUCAGGACCAGGCCCUACCCCGGGAACAAACUUAAACUGCUCAUAUAAUGAUCAUGUUAAUAGUACUCCAGGUUUUCAGAUCAACUUUUGUUAUAUACUGUAAUUUAAACCAACUGCAUUUACAUGCCUAGUUUCUGUAAUAUUGUGUAUACAAACCAAAAUCUCUCCAGAUGUAAAUUAUGUAUACCUGCCAAGAUACCUUCUCCAGGACGUCUGUGCACAUUUUAAGUUAAUCCAUAUAAUAUAAAAAUAACUCGAUGUGACUGUUGAUUUGCUGAAUUUACACAUCACAAAGUGAAUUAUUUGUGGUACUUUAGUUAAUAAAAUGGUGGUUUUUUUCCUGAGUUAUUGAACAAGCAAGCAUUACCCAGUUGAUCUGGCAAUGACUUCUCCGUGUGUAGGUCACCAGUACUGAUCUUCCCAUUGGCAGUUUGUUUUUGUUUUUUAAAUACCAUGUCUCCCACUACAGUCUGUGUAACCACACACAUUCACACCUCCAUGUUGCUCUUACUUUUGUGCUUUAAUUCUUUUUAGAUUUUAUUAAAAAACAAAACAAAACAAAACAAAAAAAGCUCCUGUAAUUUGCACUUUCUCCCAAUCCUUCAAUCUCUUGUACGGCAACCAAAAUUACUGUAAAAAAAUAAAUAUACUAUUGCACUAAGGUUGUGGUUCUGAUUGUGAACAGUGAAAACUGAAUGAACUAAACAAAAAGUUGCCAAACUUGCGAUCUAAUUAAGUUACUGGAGACACCAUAGCCGGCUUUACCUCCCUAAAAUGGACCAGGUAAUGUCUGUCACCAGAGAGGACAAAUGCUCCUUUCACUGAGCUCACUUGGCUUGGUUCCAUUUCCUUAUUCUCAGUGUCCUGAUAGAAAUAUGUGUCAUUUCAGAGCUGAGCCACAUCUGGCUGGCUCCGUGACAUGUCUGUGAGCCUGGCACUGAGGUCUGAGUGCUGCUUGUGCGUGGGUGGGAGCAGCACCCUCGAGGCCGAGCCAGGCAAGACAGAGGCCCACACCCACGGGCUCUUCUUCUAGCCAUAGGCCCUGGAGCUGCAGGCCUGGACACCCUCUCUGGUUACCUUGAGCAAGCAACAUACCAAGUUCUAGAGCAGGAAGGAAUUUUGUUUUUGGUGAAUAAGCCUAAGCCAGGAAUCCCGGGCUGUCCCUCAUGCUUUAGGAAAGUGCGUUUAAACUGAGCACUGAGCCACUGAGGCUCUCCAGGGGAAACGGGCCCUGGUUCCUAGAAGGCUCUGUGCUGGCUCACUUGCCUCUUCCCAGCACUGCUGCGCUUCGGUCCGCCAAGCCCACCUACAGCCUCUGUAGGUGCCUGGUCCCUCCCUCCUCUCCUGGAAGUCCUCCCCAGCCUGUACCCCACAAGGGCACCAUCCCAAGGUCUCUCCCAGGCCUCUGUCCUGGAUGAGUGUUAGUCUGUAUUGUUGGGGGGUGGGAAAUCACUGGAAGACUUUUUCUUUUACUUGAACUUGAUUUGAGGCAUUUUAGCAGCCAGUGAGCUGGAUGUGCUCAUGUCUGAAGCCAUCAUGGACAUCUGCUAGUGGGGAAAAGGCCUCUCAACACAUGUGCAGGGGCUGCCUAGGCUCGGUGGGGACUUCAGCAGAUCUGAUCAAGUCAGCUCUCAAGCCGCUGUGUCCGUGACCUUGCUCCUGUGUGGUCCCUUAACAUGGUUCUACAUCUCCCAGUCCUCACUGUUUGAUGUUUAAAACUACAACAGUCACCGUUCAUUGCUUCUACUCUGGAAUUCUCUGUUCAUAGCAAUUCUGAAACUUUAAUAUGAGCCUUCAAAUAAAUACAGAAAAGAAAAAAAAGAAAAAAAACCAACAAAGUUGUGUGCCUUGGGUGUUUUGAACCUAAUCUGCAUAAAAACAUAUUGUACUCAAAUGCUGUAUAUUUAAUGAAAGGAUAAACAUACCUUCAAUGUAUCAAUGUAGCUGAUAAAUAGUCCUAGUGCCUUGUUUUCUGAACUGAGAAGCCCAUAUCAAUGCACAAGGUAAAGCAAAGGCGAGUCGAGCAGUGAAAUGUCGAGAAGACCUAGCCGUGGUUUGGAUCCUGUCUCAGCCUAAGACUGUGGGAUGCCCACAGACGCUUAAGCUAAAAAAUAAAAGAACAUUGAAACAA